UUCAACCCUUGUUUUUUUUUGGCCUUAUAAUUUCUGUCUCAAUGAUCAUUUCCCCGAAAACCUAAACUUUUAUUUUUCUGAGAAAACGGUCCAAAGAAAAGAGGCUAUUCCGAGUUUCUUUUUCUACCGGUGGCGCGUAUACUGCACCCGCCACAAUGGGCCAAUCUCCUGCCGCCGCUUUAAACAGGGAAAACUCCUUCAGCGAUCGCUUUGGCUUUUUUUCUUCUUCUGGUUUUGUUUGCAGGGACGUAUUUUCCGAUGAGUUCAUGGAGAAUCAGGAUUACACCGCUGGGAUUCCCGACAAGUGUUUAGCUUAUGUUUUUCAAUUCCUUGGACCUGGCGAUCGGAACCGUUGUUCGCUCGUCUGCAAGCGGUGGCUGUGCGUUGACGGUUGGAGCCGCCACCGUUUGUCUCUCAACGCCCAAUCCGAGAUCUUCUUCUCUUCGCCUUCUCUCUUUACGCGCUUCGAUUCCGUAACGAAGCUCACUCUGCGUUGUAGCCGUAAAUCGGUCAGCUUAAACGAUGACGCUUUGGUGAUGAUCUCAAUCCGUUGCCGAAACCUCGAACGGUUAAAGCCCCGCGGCUGCCGCGAAAUCAGCAAUGAAGGAAUGUUGGCUUUUGCUCAGAAUUCUAAGAAUCCGAGGAAGCUUUCUUGCGGGUCUUGUAUGUUCGGCGCCAAAGCUUUAAACGCCGUCCUUGAUUAUUGCACGAAUUUAGAAGAGUUGUCGGUGAAAAGGCUCAGAGGGAUCCACGACGGAGCUGAGGCGAUCAGGCCAGGAGCGGCGGCUUCUUCACUGAAAACGAUUUGCUUGAAAGAGCUUGUUAACGGUCAGUCGUUUGAACCGCUUGUUGUUGGAGCUAAAAACCUUAAAUCUUUGAAAAUUAUUCAUUGUUUGGGUGAUUGGGACAGAAUCCUUCAAUUACUUGGGAAUCAAGAUCGAUACCGAAAAGAAAAUCUAUAUGUUAAUAACAAUGAAAGCAAUGGUAACAGUAAUCCUUUGAUGGAAAUUCACCUUGAGAGGCUUCAAGUAAGUGAUAUAGGCCUAUCUGCUAUUUCCAAAUGCACCAAAAUUGAGAAUUUGCAUAUUCCGGACUGUUCGAAUUAUGGGCUUGUUUGUAUAGCUGAGCAUUGUAAGUUGUUAAAGAAGCUUCAUGUUGAUGGAUGGAGAACUAAUAGAAUUGGAGACGAGGGCUUGGCGGCUGUAGCCAAACACUGUCUUAAUUUAGAAGAACUCGUUUUGGUUGGUGUUAAUGCUACUUAUUUAAGCUUGGAAGCCAUUGCUUCUAAUUGCUCGAAACUCGAGAGAUUAGCACUUUGCGGAAGCGGGACUAUCGGUAAUACUGAGAUUGCAUACUUUGCAGCCAAAUGUAAGGCUUUGAAGAAACUUUGCAUCAAGGGAUGUCCUAUAUCGGAUAUUGCCAUUGAAGCCCUGGGCUCUGGUUGUCCCAGUUUGAUGAAAAUUAAGUUGAGGAAAUGUAGAGGAGUGAGUUGCGAGGCCGGCGAAUGGUUGCGCGAUCAAAGGGAAUCACUAGUGAUCAAUAUGGAUGCUUGUGAGGUAGAUGGUGGUUUCGAGGCUAGUGUCAGCAACGGUGGAAUUCUUGAAGUCGGGUUGGAUUAUCUGCAGGUGGUUGGCCAAGUAACCGGCGGAGAUGCUUCGACGAGCAGCAAUGGCAGGUUAGCAUUGUUAAGGUCCAAGUUUGGGGUUUUUGCUAAUAGGAAUUUAGUGGCAUGCACAUUUAGAAGGUGGUCUAACGGUGAUGAUAGUUUCAGUAGCAACUUGUGAAUGAUCUUUUAAAGAGUUGGAAACAAUACUCUUUUCUCUGAUCAUAAUGCAACCUUGUAAGUUUGUGAGAUGAAUCAUUUUUUAAUGCA